AUGUCAAAGUCCGGUGAUAGAGAAAAGGACUCAGAAUCUGUAUUCGAACGUCAAAACGACUUAUUCGGUUCGAUUUCGCGUACUAUUACGAAUAUUAAAAAAUUGGCAUUGCCAAAAAGAACUGUCGGUAUCGUUCAGGCGCGAUUAGAGGGGUUAGCUGAGUGUUGGGAAGAAUUCAAAACAAAUCAUUUAUUCCUGCUCCAAUAUCGCACUACUCUUUCCGAAACGGUUUAUUUCAAAGAGGAUGUUUUCACUUCAUGUGAAGAAGCUUAUAUCGAAGCUAAAGGAGCUAUCUUCGAGUUCCUCCGAGAGCUAGAAACCCCUGCAUCUCCAUCUCCUCCACCGGCCAACGUCUCGACUGACACCAGUACAACGUUGCAACCUCGUCAAUUGCCUCGUAUUAGCUUGCCUGUUUUUAACGGAGCUUACGCGGAAUGGGCUCAGUUUCGCGAUUUAUUUGUUACAAUGGUCUCCAAGAAUCCAAAUCUUUCCGGGGUAGAACAGUUCCAGUAUCUAAAAAUUAGUUUAGUGGAUGAACCAGCUCAAUUAGUUAAAAAUCUUUCAAUUACAAAUGAUAAUUUUGAUAGAGCCUGGAAGUUGCUUGUCCAUUGCUAUGAAAAUCUUCGAAUUUUAGUCGAUACUCAGGUGGCACGUUUAUUUAACACAAAAAGUAUCAAAAACGAAUCCGCAUCAGAACUAAGUCGCCUCAUCGCUGAAAUCGAAGAAGCUUUAGCAGCUCUAGAGUCCUUGGGUUGCGAUAUCAAGCACUGGGACCCCCUACUGGUUUAUUUGGUUGUCAAGAAACUCGACCAAGAUUCCAUGAAGGAUUGA